ACUCUCCUCUAGCACCACCGCCUUGGUCACCCCUCCCUGCCUCGUCUCCGAGGCAUGGCCUCCCGUGUCCUUGUCUCUGGGGCGACAGCGCGCCGCCCCUCACUCCUCCGAGUUUCCUCCGACAGAGGCUCCGCUACAGACCCUCCACAUGGACGUGUGGGGCCCCGCCCGCGUCCGUGGACAGGGGCACGAGCGUUACUUCCUGUUGGUGGUUGAUGACUACUCGCGUUACACCACAGUCUUCCCCUCGCGCAGCAAGGGUGACGUCAUUGAGGUGUUGAUCGACUGGACCCGCGCAGCUCGUCUCCAGCUCAGAGAGAGUUUCGGCUCGGACUUUCCUAUUUUGCGUCUACACUCGGACAGAGGCGAGAAGUUUUCCUCUGCCCGUCUGGGAGCAUUCUGUCGUGCACAGGGCAUCCGCCAGACCUUCACGCUUCCGGCCUCUCCACAGCAAAAUGAGAUUGCUGAGCGCCGCAUUGGCAUGGUCAUGGACGUCGCUCGUACGUCCAUGAUGCAUGCGGCUGCCCCCCAUUUUCUGUGGCCGUUUGCGGUUCAGUACGUCGCGCAUCAGCUCAACCUUUUGCCCCGGGUCUCCUUGCCAGAGACCUCCCCCGCCUUGCGGUGGACGGGGAAGGUUGGCGAUGCGUCUGCGUUUCGGGUCCGGGGAUCUCGGGCGUUUGUCCACGACUUGUCUGCAGACAAGCUGUCCCCCCGUGCUGUUCCAUGCGUCUUCCUUGGCUUCCCCCCUGACGCGCCUGGGUGGCAGUUUUAUGACCCCACCUCGCGCCGUGUUCUGUCCUCCCAGGACGUCACCUUUGACGAGUCGGUGCCUUACUACCGUCUCUUCCCCUACCGCACUGCGCCCCUCCCCCCGCCGCCGCUCUUCCUUGCACCAGUCGAGCCUGUCGAUGUAGCUGUUGACUCUGCUGCUGCUAGAGGUGCUGAGGCUGCGGGUGCCGGCCUAGGGGUGCUGAGUCUGGGGGUGCGGAGCCUGGGGGUGCGGAGCCUGGAGGUGCGGAGCCUGGGGGUGCCGAGCCUGGGGGCGCUCUGCUCGUGUGGCCGCCGGCGGUGCUUUGUCGAGGCGGGAGCAACUCUCUCCACCGGAGCUGCGCGAGUGGUUUGCCUGCCGCUGGAGACGUGCUCUGAGACUGGGGGUGCUCCUGGGGCUACUGGAGUUGGUCCUGCUGGAGCUACUGGCGGUGCUAGUGCUGUUGGAGCUAGAGCUGCUGGGGGUGUUGGCGCUGGUGUUUCUACUGGCGGUGGUGCGUCUGGGGAUGCUUCUGAGGCUGCUGGAGCUGAGGGUCCUACUGGAGUUGGUGCUGCUGGAGCUGGAGCUGCUGGAGGUGUUGGCGCUGGCGGUGCUGCUAGCGCUGGUGCUUCUGAGGGUGCUGGAGUUGGCGUUGUUGGAGCUGGAGGUGCUGCUGGCGCUGGUACUGCCGCUGGGGGUAAAGGUGCUGUCCUUGCUGGCUCUGAAGGCGCUGAGCGGCCGAGGCCGUACUUCGUUCCGCUCCUGAAGCAGGUUCUUGGUCUCCCGCCAUCUCCUGGUCCUGCUCGUUCCUUAGAGUGUCCACAGCCUGUCCAGUCGCAGUCACACUUACAGCCCGCCUCCUGUCUACCUGUUCCUUCUCCCUACACUGGUCCUACUAGAGGUCUUGCUGAGCGUCGUGCACCUGCGUCUCAUCCUGCGUCGCCUAUUCGUGCUGCUUGCACUAGUGGUCAUACUGCGCGUCAGCGUCCUCCUUCGGUCCCCGGCACACACCAGAUGGCGCUGCGUCCUUCCACUGCUCCUCUGCGUGUCCCUUUGCCGUCUCCUCCAGAGUCCUCUCUUCCUACUCUUGCUAACCCGGAGUCUUACUUCCUUCGUGCUGCUAGUCCUUCGGUCACGCGUCUCCUUGCUAUAGUUGUCACUGACCCUUCUUCUGAGUCCACUGCUGCGUCUGCCCUAGUUGCUGAGCUUGUCGACUUCGCUGCUCGCUGUCGUCUAGGCUACGCAGCCAGUCUCGUUGCUGAGUCUGAGUCUGUCUGUCCUUCGUCCGUCGGGGGUGAGUGUGCUCUUAGCACGGACAUCCUUGAGGACAGGCAGGAGGAGUUCCAGUGCUUUGGUGCUGCUUUGCCCCAUCUCGUGUCCACGCUGAUUGCCCCUGAGGGAGACCCGGAUGCACCAGACAUCCCGACUCCUCGAUCGUAUGCUGAGGCGAUCGAGGGUCCCUACUCCUCUCAGUGGCAGUCAGCCAUGGACGCAGAGAUGGCUUCCUGGAAGUCCACAGGCACCUAUGUCGACGAGGUUCCCCCACCUGGGGCGAACAUCGUCAGUGGCAUGUGGAUUUUCAGGGUGAAGCGGCCGCCGGGUUCUCCGCCUAUCUUCAAGGCGCGUUACGUGGCUCAAGGCUUCAGUCAGCAGCAGGGAGUUGACUACUUUCAGACCUUCUCUCCCACCCCGAAGAUGACCACUCUUCGGGUGCUGCUGCACAUAGCCGCUCAGCGCAACUACGAGCUUCACUCUCUUGACUUCAGCACAGCUUUCUUACAGGGCAGCCUGCACGAGGAGAUCUGGCUGCGCCGUCCACUUGGCUUUACUGGGUCGUUUCCUCCUGGUACCCAGUGGAGCCUCCGGCGGCCAGUCUACGGUCUCCGCCAGGCGCCCCGUGAGUGGCACGACACACUGAGGACUACACUUGUGGCUCUUGGGUUUGCUCCUUCUACAGCCGACCCGUUGCUGUUUCUGCGCACUGACACCUCUUUGCCGCCGUUCUACAUCCUCGUGUACGUCGACGACUUGGUCUUUGCCACUGCUGACACUGCUGGACUCGCCCACGUAAAGUCCGAGCUACAGAAGAGACACACGUGCACAGACCUGGGUGAACUGCGCAGCUACCUUGGCUUGCAGAUCACCCGGGACAGAGCACAGCGCACCAUUACCCUGACUCAGUCACACAUGGUGCAGCAGGUCCUUCAGCGCUUCGGCUUCACGUACUCCUCGCCUCAGGCCACUCCUCUGUCUACUCGCCACUCGCUCUCAGCUCUGCCUUCGGAUGAGUCCGUAGAGCCGAAUGGUCCAUACCCAGAGCUUGUUGGCUGCCUCAUGUACCUGAUGACCUACAUACGACCUGACCUUGCAUACCCUUUUAGCAUCUUGGCACGCUAUGUUGCUCCUGGGAGACACCAACCAGAGCACAUGGCUGCAGCAAAGAGGGUGUUGCGCUACGUGUGCAGUACGUCGGGCAUGGGGCUAGUGCUUGGAGGGCGACGUCGAGUGGUCCUCACAGGUCACGCUGACGCUUCUUGGGCUGACGACCAGGCUCUGCAGCGGUCCUCCAGCUAUGAGGCUGGGAUCUACGCAGGGGCCAUGGCUGCACAGAAGCUACGCUGGCUCACCUCCUUGCUGACUGACGUAGGAGAGCCGCCUGGUUCUCCUCCAAUUCUGUACGUAGACAACAAGGCCAUGCUGGCCUUGUGUCGGGAGCACAGACUGGAGCACAGAACGAAGCACAUUGCUCUCCGCUACUUCCUUGCUCGUGAGCUGCAGCAGUGUGGUCAGCUCCGCCUCACCUACGUGGCCUCUGAGGCCAACACUACUGAUAUCUUCACCAAGGCCCUUCCGCCUUGUGAUCAUCAGCGCUUCUGUACUUUGCUAGGUCUUGUGCCUACCUGGCCUUACUUGCUCACCUCUUGA